CUAAAUAAACGAGACCGUCCCCAAUCUCUUCCGUCCGCCAUUAAAGAUAUGGUGGCUCCUUCAAAGAAAUCAGUCAAUGGAAAACGUAAUGAUUCUACAAAGGUCUUCAAACCAGCGAAGAAACCUUUUCACAAAACGAAGGACGAUGUUGCUGCUAGGUCUAAAGCUGUGGCUAUGCAGCUCGAAGAGGUUCCUGACUUUCCUCGAGGUGGAGGUACUUCUCUGAGCCAAAAAGAGCGUGAGAAAAUUUAUGAAGAAGUCGAUGCUGAGUUUGACGCUGAUGAGCGUGUUUCUAAGCGGAAUAAAGGGUUAAAACCUAAAAAGAGAACCCCUACCGAUGUAGACGAAUUGGGAUCUCUUUUCGACGGUGCUUUUACUGGAAAACGGCCAAGAUAUGCCAAUAAGAUCACCAUUAAGAAUAUUUCCCCAGGAAUGAAGCUUUUGGGAGUUGUUACUGAAGUAAACCAGAAAGAUAUUGUAAUUAGUCUUCCAGGGGGCUUACGAGGAUUAGUUCGCGCAAGCGAGGCAUUGGAUUUUACAGAUUUCGGAACUGAGGACGAUGAAAAUGAACUCCUUCAAGACCGUUUUUCUGUGGGUCAGCUUGUUCCCUGCAUUGUAUUGCAGUUAGAUGAUGAUAAGAAGGAGGCAGGCAAAAGGAAAAUAUGGCUUUCAUUGCGACUUUCUUUGUUGCACAAGGGAUUUAGUUUGGAUUCCUUUCAACCAGGGAUGGUAGUCGCUGCAAACGUGAAAAGCGUCGAAGACCAUGGUUAUAUCCUUCACUUUGGAUUGCCUUCUAUCACAGGAUUUAUCAAAAUAAGCAAUGAUGGAAGUCAGGAGUUAAAGACUGGGCAGCUUAUUCAGGGCGUGGUUACAAAUAUUGAUGGAGAACGUAAAAUUGUUCGUCUUAGCUCGGACCCAGAUUCAGUGGCAAAAUGUGUGACCAAGGAUCUUAAUGGGAUGUCGUUUGAUCUUCUUAUCCCAGGCAUGAUGGUUAAUGCCCGUGUGCAAUCUGUCCUUGAGAAUGGGAUACUAUUAGGAUUUCUUAUGUACUUUACUGGAACAGUUGAUCUAUUCCAUUUACAAAAUCCAAUGUGUAACAAGAGCUGGAAAGAUGAGUAUAAUCAGACUAAGAUGGUUAAUGCUAGAAUAUUGUUUAUCGACCCAUCAACCAGAGCUGUUGGUUUGACGUUAAAUCCACAUCUUGUUGGUAACAAGGCACCUCCUAUGCAUGUCUCCAGCGGAGACAUAUUCGACGAAGCAAAAGUUGUCCGGGUUGAUAAAUCAGGCCUUCUUCUUGAGCUGCCUUCUAAGCCUGUUUCAACUCCUGCAUAUGUUAGCACCUAUGAUGUCGCAGAAGAUGAAGUAAAGAAACUGGAAAAGAAGUUCAAGGAAGGAAACCGCAUCCGUGUUCGAAUCCUCGGCCUUAAGCAGUUGGAGGGGUUGGGCAUAGGGACUUUAAAGGAAAGCGCUUUUGAAGGUCCAGUUUUCACACACUCAGAUGUCAAGCCUGGUUUGGUGACGAAGGCUAAACUCAUAUCUGUUGAUACAUUUGGUGCCAUUGUGCAAUUUCCGGGUGGUCUGAAAGCAAUGUGCCCACUUCGGCAUAUGUCUGAGUUUGAAGUUACGAAGCCCAGGAAAAAGUUCAAGGUUGGAGCUGAAUUAAUAUUCCGUGUGCUUGGCUGCAAAUCAAAGAGAAUAACUGUUACCUACAAAAAAACACUUGUGAAAUCUAAACUUCCGAUUCUGAGUUCUUAUGCUGAUGCAACUGAAGGACUAGUGACGCAUGGCUGGAUAACAAAGAUUGAAAAGCAUGGAUGCUUUGUUCGCUUUUAUAAUGGGGUGCAAGGAUUUGUUCCCAGAUUUGAACUUGGUGUAGAGCCUGGAAGUGAUCCCAAUUCCGUGUUUCAUGUCGGGGAGGUUGUCAAAUGUAGAGUAACCAGUGCGGUUCAUGGUACUCGAAAGAUCAACCUCAGUUUUAUGAUAAAGCCAACAAGUGUUUCUGAAGACGAUUCAAUCAAGUUAGGUAGUGUUGUAUCAGGGGUAAUUGAUAGUAUAACCCCUCAGGCAGUCAUUGUCCGUGUUAAGUCCAAAGGUUUUCUGAAGGGUACACUUUCUGCUGAACAUUUAGCUGAUCAUCAUGAGCAAGCAAAAUUAUUGAUAUCACUUUUAAGACCUGGAUAUGAGCUUGAUAAGCUGCUGGUAAUAGACAUUGAAGGCAACAACUUGGCUCUCUCUUCAAAAUAUUCUCUCAUUAAGUUAGCUGAAGAGCUUCCUUCGGAUUUUAGUCAGCUCCAGCCAAACUCAGUGGUUCAUGGUUAUGUAUGUAACUUGAUUGAAAAUGGCUGCUUUGUCCGUUUUCUGGGUCGGUUGACUGGUUUCGCCCCCAGAAGCAAGGCAAUUGACGAACCCAGGGCAGAUCUGUCAGAAUCCUUCUUUGUUGGACAAUCGGUUCGGGCUAAUAUAGUUGAUGUCAAUCCAGAAAAAAGCAGGGUAACUCUUUCAUUGAAACAGUCAUCUUGUGCUUCUGUAGAUGCUUCUUUCGUCCAAGAGUACUUCCUUAUGGAUGAGAAGAUCUCGGACCUGCAAUCAUCUGAUAUUAGUGAAAGUGAGUGUAGUUGGGUUGAGAAAUUCUCUAUUGGGAGUUUGAUCAAGGGAACAAUACAGGAGCAAAAUGACCUGGGCUUGGUGGUGAAUUUUGACAAUAUUACUAACGUCCUUGGUUUUAUACCUCAGCAUCAUUUGGGUGGAGCUACAUUGGAACACGGUUCUAUUGUCCAGGCACUUGUUCUUGAUAUUUCUAGGGCAGAGAGACUAGUUGAUUUGUCUUUGAGGCCUGAGCUCAUAAACAACUCAACCAGAGAAGUGUCCAACAGUCAGUCAAAAAAGAAACGUAAAAGAGACAUCUCCAAGGAACUUGAAGUCCAUCAGAGGGUCAGUGCUGUUGUAGAGAUUGUGAAGGAGCAAUACUUGGUUUUGUCGAUUCCAGAACAUGGUUACGCAAUAGGAUACGCGUCAGUAUCAGACUAUAACACACAGAAGCUACCAGUGAAACAAUUUUCCACUGGACAAAGUGUCGUUGCUACUGUUGAGGCUCUGCAAAACCCUUUGACGUCUGGGAGGUUGCUUUUACUUCUUGAUUCUGUUUCCGGGAUUUCUGAGACAUCCCGUUCUAAGAGGGCAAAGAAGAAAUCCAGUUGUGAAGUUGGUUCUGUUGUCCACGCCGAGAUUACGGAAAUAAAGCCAUUUGAGGUAAGAGUAAACUUUGCCCAAAGUUUCCGAGGAAGAAUCCACAUAACGGAGGUAAAUGACGCAACUAUAAGUGAAGAACCGUUUGCCAAAUUUAGAAUCGGGCAAUCAAUUUCUGCAAGGGUUGUUGCAAAGCCUUGUCAUACUGAUAUUAAAAAGAGUCAACUUUGGGAGCUUUCUGUAAAGCCUGCAACGCUUAGAGUAGACUCCAGUGAGCUGAAUGACAUACAAGUGAGAGAACAACUUGAGUUUGUUGCUGGAGAACGUGUCAGCGGAUAUGUCUACAAAGUGGAUAAGGAAUGGGUUUGGUUGGCAAUAUCUCGCAAUGUGACGGCACGCAUAUUCAUUUUAGACACUGCAUGCGAAGCUCGUGAACUUGAGGAAUUUGAGAGGCGUUUUCCCAUUGGUAAAGUUGUUUCAGGCUAUGUUUUGACGUACAAUAAAGAGAAGAAAACAUUACGGUUGGUUCAGCGUCCACUACUUGAUACCCACAAAAGUAUUGCCAAUGGUGGAGGCAGUAAAACGGAUGAACUAGACAGUACCAUUCCUGGUGAUGAUGCUACUUUAUUUAUUCACGAAGGAGACAUUCUGGGUGGAAGAAUUUCUAGGAUACUUCCUUGUGUUGGUGGACUUCGUGUGCAAAUAGGUCCUUACGUGUUUGGGAGAGUUCAUUUUACUGAACUCAAUGAUUCAUGGGUCUGCAAUCCAUUAGAUGGUUUGCAUGAAGGACAAUUUGUCAAAUGCAAGGUCUUAGAAAUCAGCAAUUCUAGUAAAGGGACUUUGCAAAUUGAACUGUCAUUACGGGCAUCACUAGAUGGCAUGGGUUCUAACCAUCUCGCCGAAGCUUCCAGUAAUAAUGUCAAUGUUUGCAAACGUAUUGAAAGGAUUGAAGAUCUUUCUCCUGAUAUGGGCAUCCAGGGGUAUGUCAAGAAUACGAUGUCAAAAGGUUGUUUUAUUAUGCUUUCAAGGACACUCGACGCAAAGGUUCUAUUGUCAAAUUUAAGUGAUACUUUUGUCAAGGAUCCCGAGAAGGAAUUUCCAGUAGGAAAACUUGUAACUGGCAGGGUGUUAAAUGUGGAGCCGUUAUCCAAGCGGGUAGAAGUCACUUUAAAGACAGUGAACGGUGGUGGGCAGCAAAAAUCCGAAUCUUAUGAUUUGAAGAAAUUCCAAGUUGGAGACAUUAUUUCUGGGAGAAUCAAACGUGUGGAGCCGUAUGGCUUAUUCAUUGAAAUAGAUCAAACUGGCAUGGUUGGACUAUGUCAUAAAUCACAGCUUUCCGAUGAUCGAAUCGAGGAUGUACAAGCCAGAUAUAAGGCUGGGGAAAGCGUCACCGCAAAGAUUUUGAAGCUGGAUGAGGAAAAGCGACGUAUAUCGCUCGGGAUGAAGAGUUCUUAUCUUAUGAACGGCGAUGAUGUCGAGGCACAGCCACCUUCUGAAGAAAACGCUAACGAAGGCAGCAUGGAAUGUGAUCCAAUCAAUGAUUCGAAGUCGAGAGUUCUUGCAGCAGUUGGUGAUUUUGGUUUCCAGGAAACAACCGGUGAAAGACAUAAUGGAACUUCUCUGGUUCUUGCCCAAGUAGAAUCAAGGGCUUCUAUCCCUCCGCUUGAGGUUGACCUUGACGACAUUGAGGAGUCGGACUUUGACAACAAUCAGAAUCAGGAGAAGUUGCAGGGAGCCAAUAAAGAUGAAAAGAGCAAGAGGAGAGAAAAGCAAAAAGACAAAGAGGAAAGGGAGAAACAAAUUCAAGCGGCCGAAGGAAGAUUACUGGAGAAUCAUGCUCCUGAGAGUGCUGAUGAGUUUGAGAAGUUGGUUAGAAGCUCUCCAAAUAGCAGCUUUGUGUGGAUAAAAUAUAUGGCGUUCGUGCUCAGUCUGGCUGAUAUUGAGAAAGCCAGGUCCAUUGCUGAGAGGGCCUUGAGGACUAUAAAUAUUCGUGAAGAAGAAGAGAAGCUAAACAUAUGGGUUGCUUACUUCAAUUUGGAAAAUGAACAUGGAAGUCCUCCAGAGGAAGCUGUUAAGAAAGUGUUUGAAAGAGCCCGUCAAUACUGUGACCCGAAGAAAGUUUACCUUGCCCUCUUGGGCGUGUACGAGAGAACUGAGCAAUAUAAAUUAGCUGAUAAGCUGCUUGAUGAGAUGAUCAAGAAGUUUAAGCAAUCUUGCAAGGUUUGGUUAAGGAAAGUACAAAGUUAUCUAAAGCAAAAGGAGGAAGGCAUUCAGUCCGUUGUGAAUCGUGCCUUGCUAUGUCUUCCGCGCCAUAAGCACAUUAAAUUCAUAUCACAAACCGCUAUCCUUGAGUUCAAAUGCGGAGUUGCGGAUAGAGGGAGGUCACUGUUUGAAGGCGUUCUUAGGGAAUACCCGAAAAGAACAGACUUGUGGAGUGUUUACCUUGACCAAGAGAUCCGUUUGGGAGAAGUUGAUGUGAUUAGAUCUUUAUUCGAGAGAGCCAUUAGCUUGAGCUUGCCUCCUAAGAAGAUGAAGUUCUUAUUCAAGAAGUUCUUGGAAUAUGAGAAAUGUGCUGGUGACGAGGAGAGAGUCGAGUAUGUGAAGCAGAGAGCGAUGGAAUAUGCAGACAGUACCUUGGCCUGAGAUUUUGUUGUAACGAAGCACCGUUUUUGUAAUUUUGAGAUUUUGAUGGUUUCUCUCCAAUGUAUCAUUGUAUUUUUACUCCCAAAAAAAAAAAAUAUUCACGUAUACCCA